AACUGAAAUGUCCGCCUUCAUCGAUGCAUCUUUGAUAGACGCAGCAGCUCCAGUUCGAUCCCCCGUUCAGACAAGACAGGCUGCGCGGUUUAUCGACGGCAAGCACACUGAAUGCCUUGUUUAUGGCUUCGCCGAUAGAAUUAUGGUGCUCGUGACAGAUUCUGGCAAAAUUGGACAGAUGUUGUCGGUGUCGUUGGAAACAUCCUCGCUGGUCCCACCACCGCCGUUAGGUGCUGAACAUUUGGACUUGCUUCCACCAUCACACAUCACUCCAAAGUACAUGCUAGGUGCCUCAAAUACACCUCGAGGCGAGCUCGGACAGCUUUACGCUGUGCAUAUCGCAUCACUGGUGGCAUCGCAGAACCCGGAUGAGGCACGAACAGUCAUAGUAGGGUUAGCAUUGUCGACCAACGUAAGAGGGUAUGAUUACGAGGAUACGGAGAUCAUGGGUGCGAAGGAGAGAUCAAGAUUUUUGGAUGUACUGGAGCUGGUCGCGAAAUGCAAAGUAUGGUAGUAAUACACUCAUUAUUAUAUCGUAGUCAAACACAAUCUACUCUCACCGCUCAAACGGCAAUCUUACAGAAAGACCGCUUUGCGUGCUUAUUUUUGGGACAAAGCGUCAACACCGGGCAAAACCUUACCCUCCAACAACUCCAAGGAAGCACCUCCACCAGUGGAAACGUGGGAGAGCUUGUCCUCGACACCGAACUUGACGGCGACGGUAGCGGUGUCACCACCACCAAUGAUGACGUUGGCACCGUUCUGGCAAGCAGCGAUGGCAGCGUCGAGAGUACCCUUGGUACCCUUGGCGAAGGCGUCGAACUCGAAGACACCACAAGGUCCGUUCCAGAGGAUGGUCUUGGCCUUGUUGAUGGUCUCGGUGAAGAGCU